AGUCGUAAAGUGACGUUGCUGUCUCCCAUGUGUCCGCGCUCUCUCUCUCUGUGUCCCUUUUCCUGCCUCCUCCCUCUUUUCCCUCCCUCCCUGUAUCUCUUAAUCAAGACACAGCCUGCCCUUUCCUUUGCAUUGCUGCCUGCCUCCCGUCUGCACUCCUUCUCUACCUCUUGUGCACUUUCUCACUCGCGCUUACUGCCAUGCGCUUUCAGCCUCUCUCUGUUUGUCGCUCACCUCUGUAUUCCCCAGUUACAGGUUUGCGACAUAAACAGCUGCGGCUUCAGGCAUUUCCUUUGUUGUUUUGUACUUUUAUCGCGUGUAUUUUGCGAAAUGUUUCUUUUGCGAAGUGUUUUGACUGUUCUGAACGGGACAAGCUGUUUUAACUGAGUUUGUUGAUUUUGUUUUUGUGUCUUUUCGCAAAUACAGGACUCCUGCCACAAAGGACUCUCUUAGAAGUGCGUGAGGACACAGCACAGUGCGAUGAAAGGGACGCAGGGAGAGCAGGAGGGAUGAGAAAGCGAUUCAAGUGAAAGAAGACUCACAUCACCAUAAAGUGCCUCAUCUGGAUGCUGCGGAAGCCCUUCUCUGUGUCCGCUUCGGAGCGCUCUCUCCCCCGCUGACUUGAGCACGUGCGUGUGCGCUUGGCCUUGGCUCGGGCUAUAUUUCACCCUGACAGUCAAUCAACCCAUUUGCCUGUUCCUCGAUUCCAGCUCUGCCUGCUCGCCAUUUCACCUCUUAAUACAAGGACGCCUGUCGAUUAGUUUCCCUUUUGGGUUCUCAAAGUGUCUCUCUCUUCACUUCUGCAAUCUCUCCAUCCCUUGCGACCCAGACAUGAGAGUAUCUUUAGGGACUGCUGCGCCUAUGGCAACAGGGCAGGGGGUUUCGGAAGCCUAAAUUUAGAGAAAGUCCGUUUUACAUCAAUGCAAGAGGGCUAUUUUAAACCCAGAGCUCCGGAGGGUGAGUCUAGACAGUGGGGCGACCACUGCAGACAAAUACAAAGUGCCGCUUUACUCUACUUUUAAUGCCUCGUUUUCCUGGACGGCAGCCGAAGAUGCACCGCAGCAUGUCACAUUGACCUACUCCACCUCAGCACGCUCGAUUCAUCGCUCUCCCUACCUGACUUUAAACUGAUCUCAUAUUCUCGUUUUACUUCCUCACUGGCUGAUCAGCAGACUAUGCCCCCUUCCUGUCCAUAAGAGAGUUUGGUUUUCAUUUCUAGACUGGUAGUCUGAGGAUCUCCUUGCCACUGUGCUCAUAUUUUGCAGCUUUUGUGCUUCAUCACGCCUGGCUGCCCCACCCCAGCCCUCCGCUCACCCACCGCUCGCCGAGGGACCGCCAUGGCCGUCAAUGUGACCAUGGGUCGCGACACCAAGUGGCUGACGCUGGAGGUGUGCAGAGAGUUCCAGCGAGGAACCUGCUCGCGUUCGGACACUGAAUGCAAGUUCGCUCACCCCUCUCGCACCUGCCACGUGGAGAACGGCCGCGUCAUCGCCUGUUUCGACUCUCUCAAGGGACGCUGUACACGUGAUAACUGUAAGUACCUGCAUCCUCCGCCUCAUCUCAAGACCCAGCUGGAGAUAAACGGCAGGAACAACCUGAUCCAGCAGAAGACCGCAGCCGCCAUGCUGGCCCAGCAGAUGCAGUUCAUGCUGCCUGGAGCUCAGCUGCAGCCCAUAACAUCGUUCCCAGUAACGCCUUCCUUGGCCAACAGUCCGAGCAUGGCUUUCAGCCCAUACCUGAGCCACAUGAGCCCAGGCAUCAGUCUCAUGCCCGAACUUCUGCCCAGCGCCCCCGUGCUGGUCCCGGGGAGCCCCACCGGCAUCGCCAUGGGCAACGGAAAUUCAACGCAGAAACAUGUUCGCACAGACAAGCUUGAGGUGUGUCGAGAAUUCCAGCGGGGAAACUGCACACGCGGGGAGAACGACUGCCGCUAUGCCCACCCAAUGGAAGCCGCCAUGGUGGACGGCAGCGAGAACUCCGUCAUUGUUUGCAUGGAUUAUAUUAAGGGCCGAUGCACCCGUGACAAAUGCAAGUACUUUCCCCCUCCGGCUCACUUACAGGCCCGGAUAAAGGCGGCGCAGCACCAAGCCAGCCAGAAUGCUGCUGCCAUGCCCUCAGUGCGUCCUCUGAAGCGCAGCCUGCAACCAACUUUCAAUCUGGCUCUGCCACCAGGAGCCAUGCAGCAGCUACCAAAGAGACCGACCCUGGAGAAGACUAACGGCGCGGCUGCCGUCUUCAACCCCAGCAUGUUCCACUACCAGCAGGCUUUGGCCAGCAUGCAGCUGCAGCAGCCAGCGUUCAUUCCCACAGGCUCCGUAUUCUGCAUGGCUCCAUCUGGAGGCAUUGGCCUUUUCAAACCCCCAGGCCUAAUGACAGAUGGCCGCUGGGAGAGGCGGGACUGGACCAGCUGCAGGGCCCCCCAAAGCCGUUACCUGUUAGGGCCUGGAUAUACUGUUCCCAUGAUGCACGGUGCCACCACUUCCACUGUUUCGUCGGCUACGACCCCAGUCACCAAUGUUCCUUUUGCUGAAUCAGCCAACUCCAACCAGAUGCCGCCGAGGUACUGAGCACCGAACCCAUCGACCUCCAGUGCGUUCCCAUGGAGGCCCAUUUCUGUCCCGUUCCUAAACUCCUGGUGGCUGCACCAAUGACGCUGAAUCCAGUAAGCCUCUCCCGCAAUCCCACAACCUAAUCAGACCCAUCUCUCAUGCAACAUGUGCCCAAACAACAGAAAAAUGAAUGCAACAAAACGUGUGCCUAAUCAGUACGUCCUUAACGGGCAAUACAUUCAUCCUCAUGUCAGAGAUCCCCACUUCAUUUGACGUCAACAGAGGUUUGUUGAUAUUGAAACAGGCAAUACUUAAGCUUGGACCUACAACUGUUUAAGGAAGCAUGCCAUCUCGAUGCAAGGAGACGUAAGGAGCAUGCUGAAUCAGGAGACGGAGAUCUCUCGUAACUCACAGCCAUACGAAUACAUGCAAACCAAUUAGCUGAGAAGAAUGAAUUCUCUGGAGAUGAACAUUAGAUUUCAGAACCGACUUAUCUAAUGUACGGUUAGAGGUGGAGUCGUUGCAGAUCAUCAGCAGACAGAAUGUUUUGAAAUCCCAGAGUGUGCGAGAGCGGCACCUAAUGCUAACGAUAUUUUACAUAGUUGUGGUGGUGGUAAUUUCUUUAACAUUUAAUUAUGAUUCAUUAACGUGGCACAUUUUAUUUCAUGUUUACAUUUCAAAAUGUCGAGAAAAAAAAAGGUUCUUUGAAAAUGAUUGAUGCUUUUGUAAGAUAAUCUGAUCUCAUGAUACUGAUUUAGGUUUUUCGUUAAGAGGUUUUCAAAAUGUCGUUGUUCGUGCCUUUGAGUUACAAGUUUGUGGACGUCUUUUUCCCCCAGUUCUUCUGUACUCAACUGACUUACAUUUUAUCAUAGACUCAGAAAGUAUACCUGUGUAGCCUUUCAGAAUCAAUGUGUCGUUCCUCCGUCUACUUAGGGAUGAGUGUUGUUGAGUUUUUCUUGAAAGAGUAUUAUUUAUUUAAUGACUGUCCAACAGGCUAAAACUGGUCUACUGAGAUAAGUGUUACUAUUCAUGCCUGAAGUAUCUCACCUCGCAUUUCAAGCUCUACAUCGAGACGGUCAAACAGAAGAUUGGUUCACAUACUCAUACCUCCACUUUAAAAAUAGAACUGCCUUAAGCAGACUAAAUAUGAGCACUUCCUGUUGCACAGUGUGAUGCACACUGAAAUGUAAGGUCUGAUUGCAGGCCUUCUGGAUGUAUAAGAUGUCUCAUUGAGAACAUUUUAACUGGACUUUGUUUAUUCCAGCUGGUCUUCGUUCUUCAAUGUUUCUUGCAUAUAUUCCUUAACUAUCUAUCGCCUGAUGGCCUGGAUAUUCAAAUGCUUUAAAAAAUAGUCAUGUUUAUUUGCUUUUUAGAUUAUUAGCAUAUCGCAUUUCUUCGAUUACUGGGUGAAUUUCAUGAAAACAGUCAAAAAAAAAAAAAAUCAUAUAUAUAUUCAUCCCAAA